AUGUUUGAAUUGACAGGAGCUCUGACAUACAUUCUACCGACUAUGAUCGUGCUUCUUGUGACGAAAGCUGUCGGUGAUUUUUUGGGCACCAAUGGUAUUGCAGAUGAAAUGAUCAGGUUCAACGGUUUCCCGUUCCUGGAAAAAGAAGACCAUGUCUACAACGUCACUGUGUCAACUGUCAUGAGAAAGGAUCUCAAUACCCUCUCAGAAACUGGAAUGCGUGUUAAAGAUGUUGAAUCUCUACUUUCAUCGACUAACUUCAAAGGUUUUCCCAUUGUGUCAUCCGAUGGCUCCUUGACGCUGGUGGGGUACAUAGACCGAAGCGAAAUUCGUUACGUCCUCGGUGCGAAUCUUAAUUUGGCUAAUCAAUUUCUUGGACUGAACAUGUCAUUGGUGAAUACUUCAGAACGCGCAAGAAGGAACAGGGGUAGAUUAGCUAAUACCCCGUGUCUAUUCACUGCGAGGCACCAAGAACCUGACGACAUCGAUUUGGCGCCUGAGGUGCAUGAAGACGAUGAACCGGAGGAAUACUUUGCUCCUACCACAGCUGGUGAAGGCAUACAAUUUUGGCCAUGGGUUAAUAAGACGCCGAUGACAGUGUCACCGGAACUGCCAUUAGAGAUUGUAAUGCAGAUAUUCAAACGGAUGGGGCCGCGAACCAUUCUCGUCGAAGCCAAUGGCGUUUUAUCAGGUUUGGUGACGGUCAAGGACGUCCUCAAGUUCAUCGCCACGGAGAAGCCUGACCAGCGACCGUCUUGGGAUGAACGCGGCGGAUUGGACGGAUUACUGGAGGAGGUGUGGACUUGGGGGAGCGAUAUACUAUCACGAAGUGUACAAUGGAGUCCAAUCAGCGUCCUUCAAAUUCCAAUCAUGCCAACCACUUCUGCUCAUCCUCAAUCCAAAACCGAGUUGUAUUCUCAGCAGCUCGCUAUCUAUACCCUCCGCCAGUUUUCCGCAGCGAGAUCGUCUCUCGACCAACAGCAUUCUGCUGCCAUGUCAAGAUUACCCGCAGCUUACUCCCGCGUUGCCCGCGCCGACAAACUCGCAGCGAUGCUGGGUCAGCCCUUCCUUGAAUAUCAUCUGCACCCAUCGGAAUUCACUCGACUAAUACCUUAG